AUGUCUGCAUUCGGUAUUUUGUCUGCACUAGGGAUAGAAGGCGAUAGUAACGUCGAGUCCCAUUGUAUUCAGACUCUUAUCAUGAAAUGCACGGGAGCCAUUCGGACUUUUGAAGUGGACCAGCAAGUGAUGGCUCAUCUAUCCCAAGUCCUCAAAUACUUCGUUUGCCUACUCAAUGAUGGUAGGUUCAACCCACUGAUCAUGCUCCCAAACGACUAUUUGCUUUACCAUCUGAGGGGGGAUGUGCAACCUGUGGCGUUAAAUACGGAAACGGUUGUUUCUAGUGAAUGUACUACCUCAGCUGGAGUACCUCUGAAUCAAGAAGGAGCAGAUCCCAUGUCUCUUUCUUCUGGUCCUUUAAAGCAUGAUGCUUUACUAUCAGAAUCGCAUGACACCGAGGCUUCCCUAGCUCGAUGUGCUCAUUGCAAAGAGAUCCUGUUUGUGCCCAUAAUUAUCUAUCCGUGCACCCACGUUGUAUGUUCCACUUGCAUUGAGAAGGGGGUUGCCUCCAUUGAUCAGCGAUCUUUUUCGUGCCCUGCUUGUACAGACAGAAUAGGUCUGGCCCUAGUUGACGCCAUACUUUUAGAAGAAACACAAACAAGAUUGAUAACCCGCUGUCCUUAUGCACAGAAGGGCUGCACAUUUUCAGAUACCCUAUUUAAAUUAUAUAAUGACCACAUUAUAACAUGCCCACACAGAUUCUCCAUGGAUUCGUCUCCCAACAGGACUGUACAGCGGCACAUUUUCUUGACGCUAAUAGCCCACAACGACACGUUGUUGCAAGACCUUUCUCUUGACGAGGUAACUUACUCCGCUGCCAGCGCACUGGUUAGAGACUGCAUUCAAGAUCAGCUUAUUACAGAGUUACAUAGUCCACACAACAGCACGCGUCUAAAUCAAUCUGACUCUUUAAUGCGCCUCAAUUCGGGUCGAGAUGAGUCACAUGCCAAACCACAGGCCACUAGUCUAGCAGAAGACCCCAUCCACAUGCUCACCGAACUUCUUCAGCUCUCAUUUCACGCCAAGUCUGAUCAGGAUUACAUUAUGAACGGGAUUAAUGAGUCUAACGAGACAUUGCGCCAGGUAAAGAACUUUAUAAAUGAGCUGGCGAUGACUAUGUCCCGGUUUCUAAAUGGAAAAGCGAUCUGUUUGAACUGUAAGCAACUAUUUGAAGAGUCGCCUCUCAGUGUGGCUGCUUUGGCAUCUCUGGGGAAUAGCACGCUAGAGUCUGGUAGCACGGGAGAGUCACCUGAUGCAACCAGGAACGGCAGCAUCACCACAAAAGAGAAGGGAACACGUACGCAUCUGCAUGAACAUGGACAAAAAAGCUACACUUCUCCUGGUACACCGUCUAGUUCCGCUCUUCAAACAGAGCUACCUUUGGCCUAUGAACGCUUGCUGGAAAGAAUAGAUGCAUUGGAAAAGGAAGUCAUCCAAAAAUCUGAGCAGCUACACGCAACCCAGCGUACUCUAGAGGAAGCAAGUCUCCAAUCGGUACCCAAUGUCUCUGUCUCCGCAUAUAUGGCACUGAAGAAUGAAAACGAGAAGCUUCGUGCCGAGCUGAACAAGAGUAGCCGGCCAGAUGGUAACAUAGAUCAACUCAUCAGCUCUUCCACAGCUGCUAGUGGAAUUACGACCGCCUUAACUUCUGCCACACAUAUGUCUGUCGAAGUAGCGGAGCAGCUAAAGCUCGAGAUGGACAAAAAGGAAAGCAGUCUCACUCUUCUUAUCAAGGAGAUGGAGACGAGGCAAGACACUAUGCAACGUACCAUUGCAGAGUUACAAAAAUCUAAUAUCAUUUUGAAAGCAGAAAAUAGGAAACUGACAGACAAGAACUGUGCACUAAAGGAAGACGCAGAUCGGUUGCGUCAAGAGAGGGAUCUGUUAUACAAACAAAGUGAAAAGGAUAGCGGGCUUACUGUAGAAGAGUUUAGAAAAGUAUAUAUGGAAUACCAGGUACUUAAGGAAAAGUUUGGGAAGCUUACCAAGGAGUAUGCAGCACUCUCAGAUGUGUUUGCGAAAGGGGAUCAGUCACGUGAUGCAUCCAUUGAGAGGAAUGUUAUGGCCGAAAUAAGCACAAUAUCAUUGAUACGAUAUAUUCUAAAUCCCGUACCACUACCCAAUUCGUCGAGUACGCUUUCAAUCUUUGCUAAUGAAAGUCGAAGAAGAGUCAAGAUUGGCGUCAACCAUGCAGAGGACAAGGAAAAGCGGCUCAGAGCGUUUAUGGAGCUCUUCGGAAUGAUCAGAGCAUUCUACAUGCUUGACUAUAAAAGGAUUCGAAUUGACGAUUUUCUCUAUAGUUUUGAGGUAGAAGGCAUGCCUCAGGGAGAGAUCUACUCCAUAGCUGCGCGUACAGAGCUAAUGAAUACAGUUAAGCGUCUUACGCGUGAAAACAGUGAGCUGCUGAAGAAGUUGGACAAGUGA